CCUGAUUGUGCUGUUGGGACUGUAUUUCAAAUCGGUGACAGUGUAUUUUAUGUGUUUUAAAAAGAUGUUGAACUUUAUAAGAGUAUUCGGCAUUUAUAAAUAGUUUUGUUAUCAGCAAAGACUACAGUUUUGGCGUAGAACUUCAGGAAAUUCCUGGAUUAUCUUCAUAUGACCUUCUGAGGUAGCCUCUAACGCCUGUGUACCCAGAAGCUUUUUGCGCUUAGUGUGGCUGUCUUCAUUACCUCCUGCCCCAGAGGAGUGUAUCCCAGGACACAUUGGGAUACAGCUUGGCAGCUGUUUUCUAUUCUACUGUAAUUACAGAUGAGACGGACUUUGAUUACUGGCCUGGUAAGAAAUGGCGUCCCAACCUUCCGAACCUUCCGCUCAAGUAGGUGAUAAGGAAAUUCUAAGUCGAGAUGAUCCCAGGAUAAGUCUUAAAGCCUACCAACGUAUCUGUUCAGCAGGCACUGGAGCUGUUAUCACACCAUUGAUCAUGACACCGAUGGACGUCGUAAGAAUACGGUUGCAGGCCCAAAAGAUGGAAUCAACCUCAAAGAAAUGUUUCAUAUAUUGUAAUGGACUUAUGGACCACAUGUGCCCCUGUCUCAAAGGGGACCAAUGGUAUCGUAGACCCAGUCAGUUCAACGGCACCUGGGAUGCGCUGAUCAAAAUUGCCCGCAAUGAGGGCAUCACAUCUUUGUGGUCUGGCCUCAGCCCGACAUUAGUCGUAGCAAUACCGACUACAGUUAUUUAUUUCACUUUUUAUGAACAGCUGCGCAUUGAACUAAAUAACUACUUCAAGAACUCUGAGACCAACUCUGAGAUUUGGGUGCCUAUGUUGGCUAGUCUGACGGCCCAGUUCUCCACCACCAGCUGCGUCAGUCCCGUGGAAUUAAUCCGAACAAGAAUGCAGUCUAAGAGAUCAAAUUACUACGAUCUGGUCAAUGUGGUCGAAGGACUUGUAAAACUGCAUGGUUGGAGAGGGCUGUGGAAAGGAGUGACCGCUACUCUCUGGAGAGACGUACCAUUUUCCGGUAUAUACUGGAUGUGUUACGAAAACAUGAAAUCGUAUUAUUACCCCGACAAGGACGUAACAUUCUGGUUCAGCUUCGCAACAGGAAGCGCAUCUGGGACACUCGCUGCUUUCGUAACCACACCAUUCGACGUCGUGAAAACACGUCAGCAGUUGGACAUGGCAGAUGAAAUAUACAUAGAUGAACAAAUCCAGAAGAACACAAGAAUGUCUAUGAAGCAGUGGUUUCGUAAAAUCUACGCUGACAACGGUGUGCGAGGUUUGUUCACCGGUCUCACUCCUCGCCUGCUCAAGACUGCUCCAUCUUGCGCCAUAAUGGUAUCAACUUUUGAGUACGGCAAAUCCUACUUCGAACAAUACAAUGUCAAGAAGUACAUGAGCCAAAUUAAGUCAGACUCGUAAAUGUCUAAGCCAAACAUUAUAUAGGAGUUAGUUGUGAUAUUUGUCUAAAUCUCCUAUUAAAAUGCAACAAGUGAUGUUCUUAUAUAGCAAAGAAGGAAUUCUAUAAAGUGUUAUAUGAUUAAGAAAAACAAUUUCAUAAAAAAUACUUUGGUGAGUUCGAGUCGAAGUUCUGUGUUAGU